ACUCAGGUUGUAUGUUAGUCAGGUUGUUGGACGGUAGUGAUGCGAGGUGGUAUUAUCAAACUUCAAAUUAUUUAGGUUUCCCUGUGUAAUAACUUUUAAAUGUACCUAUAAACUCGAAGCCCGACACCUAACUGGUGUUCGCCAGGGCUACCCACUGUCCCCAUUCUCACCUACUUUAGCCAUUAAUGCGAUCUUUGAUGUAAUAACAUUUCCAACCACCUUUUCAGAAGUUCAGCAUCCUACCAUAUGAUUCACUUGACUUAGAACACAAGAAUCACAUAGUUCUGCUUGGUGAAGACACUGACAAAGUGCUAGGUCUUCUAAUCACUCUGAGCAAUAACGCAAGAUCAUUUAAAAUGUGUUUUGUCUCUUAAAUACAAAAUGUUGCUUUAGGACUGGUCUAAACUAACACCUAAACUAAUGAUAGGAUGUGAAGUAGUUUAGUGCAUUGACCACUUCAUUUAUCUAAGUGGUCUAGUCAGCUGUGAUGUGUUUGUGUCUGGUGAUGUGGCGUUACGAACCCGGAAAGUUCGGUUGACUUUUGGUUAAUUGUGUUACUUGUGGUGUAUGUGGAUUGUCCAUCUACCGACUAAAGGACAAGUAUAGUGGACAGUAACUCGUCCUAUCGUACUUUAUUGUUGUGAAGGACAGUCUAUGAAAGUAGAUGUGAGUAGGCCGAAUGGUUUUUGACCAUGAGGUCUUGAAAGCGUUGCUUUAUGGCUAUGAAAUGUGGCCUCUUAAAAAUAGAGGAUGCUCAUAGAUUAUUAAUAUUUGACUAUAGAUGAAUUUAAAGGAUGGUUUUUGAUCAUGGGAGCAUUGAAGCAUUGUUGAUGUUUGACAAAUAUGUCAAAUUGGUCGGUGAGUCUAUAAAUCUUCACUGACUAAGGUGGUUAGGACAUAUGUUACGUAGGCCCAACCACUGCCUGCCUCAAAGAGUAAUGCUUGCUGGUGCAGUAUUAGGUUGGAAGAAAGAUAGGGGUGACCAAACAAGGACGUGGCAUCAGCCUAUGAAGUCACAGACUGUUGUCUGAACUAUGUAGGCAGAUGCAAACUACUUGUUUGAGUCCACAUGGUAACCGCCAUCAGCGAUCGGAGACUUUAAAUGACAGCUCAGAAUAAUUCACAACAACGAGGCAAAAUAUCUCCCUAAGAAAACCACCUGCUUGUGUUUGGGCGCCUGGGUAUUAUUCCAGCCCUCGUAUAAAUCAAAUUAUUUUUAUGGCGCAUAUAUAUUUGGUGCCUCCUUGUGCCAAUAUGUGUUUAAAUAAAUGGAUAAGAUGCAUUUAGUCCCUAGCUACCUCUUGGUUUCAGACUUCAGUAUCCCUUCAUCCAUAACUUUCCUGUCUUGUCAAAUAAUAUUCUCAAUUCUUAAUCUUCUGGUUUGUCACUUCUACAUUACUUCUGUCUUUUUAUCUCGUCGUGCUAACCAUGUAUGAGUACGUCGGGAGGAUUCAGUGUAACAAGUUUGGUACAUAUUUUGUGUACUCGGCUUUGAGGCAUAUUAUGUGAACCUAGGGAUGACGCCCCGCUACCCAAACAAAGACGGACCAGGGUUCAAAUCUGUAAUCUAGUGGUUUCUAAGACAGUGGUUUUAAUCAGCAGGCCACUGUUGCACAUUUAACAUCUUAGUACUACUUGUAUGAGGUUUAGCAUUGGGAUGUUAUCAGUAGACUCAAGCUUUUAGAUAAUUUUGCAUCCAGAGACUACGGCUAAUUCACAAAAUACAGUGUUUAUAAACAAUAUGUUUUCGGUAUCUCAUAAAUGGUUUCACUUUCCGCUUUUAUAGGAGUUUGUAGAUAGUAGGAAUAUGCGUUUAUGCUAGGUCUUACAAUCAGUUACCCAUCUCAAAUUACUCAUACUGGAGCUUAGAUUUAAUCUUUCAUCAAUCCACCCGGGUCUAGUAAAUUUGAAGACCAGUGUGUCAAAUUAUUACACAUGGAUUCGAAAAAAAAUGAAACCUGGCUCCAAAAUACAAUAAUUUACACCUCUAGAUACGUACAACGUUUAUUUACCAUGUUGACUUAUCAUCGUCUGUUAAAAACUUCAAGAAAAGAUGCUAGUUCCGGAUUAUGGUUGGGACUUAUCGUCCCUGCUUUAUUACUUAAAACAGAUAAUAAAGCACUCGCUUAUGAAUUUUUUCUAUCUUUAAUUACUGUACUCUUCUUAAUGAAGAAUAGUCAUUUUAAACAUGCUGUCAUUCCUAUAUGUAUAUGGCUGAAUUGUCAACAUUUUCACCAUGUUAGUACGGUGAUUCGCCCUUUGUUUACAGUUAUGUUUGUUUUAUUUUUUUCUUACAAAUUACUAAGUCUAUUCCCUUUUUCGUUUACGUUUGGUGAAACUAUACUACUUGCUCAACUUUCUGCAAUAUUUCUUCUUACUGAAUGUAAUUUUGUAGUACCAUUUUUAAUACUCUUUCUAAUUGAACGAUAUUGUAUUAGAUUCUCAGUGAAAAUUGCUUUUUUUGUGUUAAUAACACUUACUAUUUUGACUGGAUGCUUUUGGAUUUACGCUUGUCGUGUAAAGAUAGCUACUAGUUUCAUUAUCAAUCAAAUUGAAUGCUUUAUUGUAUCAACUAAUUUCAUUUUAUUGAUAUUUUGGCUAUGCUUAUUUAUGCUAUGUGUUUAUAUUACUAUUGUUUAUCGUUGUUCUGAUCAUAACACUUAUCGAAUCAUGAAUAGUAGUACAGUUAAGCCAGAAUUUUGUGAUAGUUCAAUUGUAUUAUCCGAUGAAUUGAACCUAUCUGACCAAAGUGAAUAUUAUGAAUUAUUUAGCGAAAAUGAAUUAAUUAGAAAUAGUCGUACAACGUGUGAUUUAUUAUAUGAUGACAAAGAAGAAACGUUUCAACUUCGUAAACUAUUUCAUUUUGCUGCUGGUAUUGUAUAUUCAUCUGGCUUGCUCUAUUCACCAUAUCUUCUUUCAUUGAUGUCUAUCGCAUUACUUAUUGUAUUUUGGUGUUUUGAAUGGAUCCGAAGGCGAGGGCCAUCUACUCUUUCCUCCUACCUUAGUACUUUGGUUAAUCCAUUUCGUGAUAAACGAGAUUCUGGUGACAUUCUAUUCACACCUAUUGCUCUUUUACUCGGUUUAAGUAUUCCUGUUUGGUGGCCACAAAAUAGAAAUACUAAUGGGAGUAUAAUUAGUAUUGGCAACUUAUGUUACCAAUUGGAUGUGAAGCCGUCAUCAUGGUCAGGAGUUCUAUCAAUAGCUAUAGGCGAUAGUUUUGCUGCAUUAAUUGGACGAGCUUAUGGAAAGCGUCGUUGGCCUGGAUCACAUCGAACAUAUCUAGGAUCUUUCGCUUCUUUCUUUUCUCAAAUGAUUGCAUGGACAAUAAUAUCAUAUUAUUAUUCAUGGUAUUGGUUAACCGGUAUUAUUCCUUUAUUCAUCGGUGUACUUAUUGAAGCAUAUAUUGAUCAAAUUGAUAAUUUAGUUAUACCAUUGAUUGUUAUGCUUAUUUUUCAUAGUUUAUAAUCAUAAUACCAGUUUAAUGAUACAUUUUAUGUACUUA